GCAACACCUGAGCGUCUCAUCAUGCAUUUGAUAGAAGAACAUUCUAUUGUGGACCCAACAUACAUAGAAGAUUUCCUAUUAACUUAUAGAACAUUUCUUGAAAGUCCUUUGGAUGUUGGGAUCAAGCUUUUGGAAUGGUUUAAGAUUGACAGCUUAAGGGAUAAGGUGACCCGGAUUGUACUCUUGUGGGUAAAUAAUCAUUUUAAUGAUUUUGAAGGUGAUCCUGCUAUGACUCGAUUUCUAGAAGAAUUUGAAAAAAAUCUAGAAGAUACAAAAAUGAAUGGUCACCUUAGGCUCUUGAAUAUUGCCUGUGCUGCAAAGGCUAAGUGGAGGCAAGUAGUGCUGCAGAAGGCAUCCCGAGAGUCCCCGCUGCACUUCAGCCUUAAUGGAGGCAGUGAGAAGGGAUUUGGGGUCUUUGUAGAAGGAGUAGAACCUGGUAGCAAGGCUGCUGAUGCAGGACUGAAACGGGGUGAUCAGAUAAUGGAAGUCAAUGGGCAAAACUUUGAGAAUAUUACAUUUGUUAAAGCUCUUGAAAUUUUGAAGAAUAAUACUCACCUUGCACUUACUGUGAAGACCAACAUUUUUG